CGCCUCCUCCUCUCGCUCGUGUCGCCUCCUCUCUUCCGCCCGGCGCCGCUCUCGUCCGCGCCCCGGCCCCCGAACCCAGCUGGGCCAGGCCCCUUGUCUUGCGCGCUCUCAGGCAGGCCCCGCGGGGACCGGUCCCGCGACGGACGCCGCCCCUCCCUGGGGGCCCGGCGGCUUCCGGACCUUUCCGACCGUGGACUGAGAGGUGGGAGCGCUCUCGCCGCCCGCGGAGCCCUGGGCUGGGCUGCGCGGACCCUCGCUGCUGCCCCGGACGCCGCCGGCGCGGGAGCGCGGACAUCCUGGGUCCAGGCUGAGCGCGCGUCCCGGGCGCCCAGCGGUGCCAGCUCACUCGGGGCAAGGCAGACCCCGCGGGGCCCGGCGCCGGCGGUUCUGGACUGGACAGAGCGAAGCCCGGACGGUGCCAAGCCUGGGGAACGCCGGGCGCGGGUUGAGGGGAUCCCGGCAUCUUCGGAUCCCUCCGACUUUGGCUAACGAGCUGGGACCGGCCCGGCGUCGCCUUGGUCGCCCUGCGCCCUGGUCACCUGUGGCCUCGGAGCCCCGGGCCCGCCGGACCCUCGCUCCUUCCCCACCCGGAGCCCGGCGGCGUUUAGGGGAGAUUUUUCCGGCCCCCAUCCUGGGAGCGCGGAGGCCCCGCCCCCUCCCACCGCCCAGAUGUCUCCCGGGUCGGUUCUGAGGACCUCCCUGAGGGCAGGGGCCGAAGGGUCCAGAGAGAGAAGCCCGCCCUAGGGAGCCUGGGGGGCCCCCCAACCUCAUCUUGGGGCUUGGCCCCCGACGCUGCUCGGAAGGCAAGCCGGUGCCCCCAGCUUCGGGGGCUGCCCUCCUCCAAUCCAGUUCCCUUCCCAGGGCUACCCACGUCUGGAGCCCCUUCCACCUCUGGAAGACCCCAGCCACCAUCCCUCUGCAGGUGUCAGUUGCAUCCGGAGACCUCCGCCUUGCAACUGCCCAGGAGUUGUAAGGGGAUUGCUGCUGCCUUCCCCGAACCCAAGGGCAUCUCUUACCCUUAGUCCCUGCAGAGUCAUCCCCCUGCCUCUGUGUCCAGGCUCAGCCAGACAUCAGCCCCGCACACCCACAGGCACUUCAAGUCCUGGAGGCCACUCCUGAGACCAUAGGCCCCUCCCCCUGCCCUUCCGUGUCCUCACCUUGACCCUCUCUGUCAGAUUCUGUCUCCCUCUGGGGGUCCCAUUCCCCACCCAGAGGCAGAGGAGGUGGAGUGACAGGGGGCAGGGGCUGGGUGAGGGCCACCCAGGGCCAGGGUGGGCUGGGGGGCCGUUAAGAUGUGGAGCUCUGCCUGGCCGAGGGGGGCUCCGUGGAGGCAGACGCAGUGUGUGCCCCGCUGGGGGGAGUAUGGGCAAGCCUGCGGCCACGUGGUAAAGGAUGAACAUUCGGGGCACCCCGGACCUCGGGCAGCCCAGUGACGACCCCAGCAGUGGUGGUGAGCGCGAGCGGAUUCGACAGCGCAUGAAGAUGGUCAUCGGGCAGCUCGAGGGCAUCCUGCGGGAGCUAAAGGAGGUGGCCAAGGAGCUCAGGGAGGUGGUGAGCCAGAUUGAUAAGCUAACGUCAGACUUCGACUUUGAGCUGGAGCCAGAUGACUGGACCACGGCCACUGUGAGCAGCACGUCCAGCAGCGACAAGGCGGGUGUGGGCGGCCCCUUUGACCUGGGCCACCUGGACUUCAUGACCGCCGACAUCCUAUCAGACAGCUGGGAGUUCCACUCCUUCCUGGACGUCUCCACGCCCUCGGACUCUGUGGACGGCCCCGAGCCCGCCCGGCUGGCGGCGGGCCCUGACUACCGGCUCAUGAACGGUGGUCUGCACAUCCCCAACGGGCCGCAGGUGGAGACCCCGGACUCGUCCAGCGAGGAGGCCUUCAGCACCGGCCCAGCCAAGGGCCAGCUUCCCCAGCGGACCCCGGGCACGCGGGAGAGGGUGCGCUUCAGCGACAAAGUGCUCUACCAUGCUUUGUGUUGUGACGAUGAGGAGGGCGACGGCGAGGAAGCAGCGGCAGAGGAGGAGGCGGGCCUGUCCCUGGAGCCUCCCCGCACAGAGGCCCACGCGGGCCCCCUCAAGACCUCCGCAGCCCCCUACAAGCCGCGGCGCUCUCCACUGACUGGCCCCCACUCAGGCCCCACCUUGGCCCCUGAGCAGACCCGAAGGGUCACGAGGAACAGCAGCACCCAAACGGUGUCAGACAAGAGCACGCAGACGACGCUGCCCUACACGGCCACCAGACAGAAAGCCAAGGGCAAAAACUAGGGGCCAGGGAGGGCACUGAGGGGGUGGGCACAUAGAGUUAUAAAUAUAUAUAUACAUAUAUAUAUUUAAACAAACGCAGUCAUAAUAAAAUGUAAAAAUGCUAA